ACCGCACCUCCUCCCCGCGUCUCUAUCUCCGCCCACGCCCGGCCAUAUAGCUAGCUAGCGAGCUAGCAGCACACAUUCCCAUCACGAAUCCUCCUCGGGCUUGGCCGAAUUCCCACGCCAACUUCACACGGCACCAGAUUCGCGCUCGCGCUCUAGGCUCUAGCUGCGCUGCAGCACGCACACACAGGCAGCCGCCCUUGCUACGUCGGGAGAUACAUCACCAGUUGAUCGGCCACGAGAGAAAGCUAGCUAGCUAGCUUGCUUGCUUGCUAACUAGGAGGCGAAGGGCGGCAGCUGGCCGGAGGCGCGAUCGAGGUGGACGGACGGAGGCGAGAGCUCGCCGGAGAUCAUCAUGUUCGAGGGGAUGGAGCGGGCGGGGUACGGCGUGGGCGCCGGGGUGGUGCUGUCGCGGGACCCCAAGCCCCGGCUGCGCUGGACGCCCGACCUGCACGAGCGCUUCGUGGAGGCCGUCACCAAGCUCGGCGGGCCCGACAAGGCGACGCCCAAGUCGGUGCUGAGACUGAUGGGCAUGAAAGGGCUCACCUUGUACCACCUCAAGAGUCAUCUUCAGAAAUACAGGAUGGGAAAGCAGAGCAAGAAAGACACAGGCUUCGAAACCAACAGAGGAGCCUUCGCCGCACAGGGCAUCAGUUUCUCCUCUGCGAUGCCUCCCAACGUUCCGUCCGCCGGGAAUAACACUACGGGAGAAACGCCACUCGCGGACGCAUUGAGAUAUCAAAUCGAAGUCCAAAGGAAGUUGCACGAACAGCUUGAGGUUCAGAAGAAGCUGCAAAUGCGCAUCGAGGCGCAAGGGAAGUACCUGCAGACGAUCCUGGAGAAGGCCCAGAAGAACCUCUCGUACGAAGCAGGCGGAGACGCAACCCUAGAGACAACCAGGUCGCAGCUCACCGACUUCAACCUAGCUCUCUCGGGGUUCAUGGACGACGCGACGCAGGCGUGCCAGCAGAACGGCGGGGAGCUGGCCAAGGCCUUGUCCGACGACGGCCUCAGAGCCGGCAACCUGGGCUUCCAGCUCUACCACGGCGGCGAGGACGUGAAAUGCGCCACGGACGAGGACCUGCUCCUGCUGGACCUGAACAUCAAAGGUGGGUACGAUCACCGGCUGUCCGCCCACGGCAUGCGGCGCGGCGCGGUGGACCUGGCGGUCGGCCAGCACCGGAGGUAAAAUGUGUUUCAGUAGAAGGGCGAGCGUAGUUCUUAAGUCGAGCAGUUGAGUUCCCCACGAGAGAUUCUUUUGGCGGUCCCGAACGGAGAUCAUCUUGUUUACGGUCUGGUUACACUUCAUACGUACGUACCCAUGCUGAUGUAAAAUCUGUGGAAAUUGAGAUCCAGGCUUCGAAUAAGUGUAGCUAGACGAUGAUCGAGUGUGAGAUCUGAUUGCAUUGUGUAUGUACUACCUAAAAUUCUGAUCGACUACAACAUAGCAUCGUGGAGUGUUUUUGCUGCUGUUGAGGGAUGGCAUUAUGGAGUGUUGCAUGCAA